UCUUACACUAUUAUUGUAAUUCUUACCAUGGCGGAAGGGGAUAACAUAUCUACGUUUAGUGCUGAUGGUGGCCAAGACACAGUGGGCCUUCCUCGUAUUGUAAUGGUAACUGAAGGCUCAGACACUUCAGCAUCAUCACCGUCAUCAACAUCUUCAUCGGAAGACAAUUGGGGAGAUCUUAUAAAAUCAUCCGAAAUCCCACCCGAGUACUGGCAUAUACAGAAGCUAGUAAAGUAUAUGAAAGCAGGAAAUCAAACGGCAACCAUGGUGGCUCUAUCAUGCUUGAAAGAUCAUGAUCUAACUGUGGAAGUUAACCAGAGAGCCAUACAAGAGAUUGGUGGAUUAGAAUUGUUGGUAAAUCUUCUGGAAACUCGAGACUUAUGUUGCAUUUUAGGUGGACUGGCUGUAUUAAAAGACAUCACUCCAAACAUGGAAAUACGAAAGAAAGUAACAGAUCUAGGUGCUAUACCAUUGCUUGUAGGAUUGUUGUCUGAUCCAGCGAGGGAUGUGCAAAUUCUGGCUGCCGAAACAAUUGCAAAUCUCGGGAGAAUUCGAAAAAGCAGAAAGUUUUGCAGAAAAUUCGGAGGAAUUCCCAAACUAAUUGAUUUAUUAGACCUGAAGGAAAAAUGCUUGAUAUCCCCUCGUGAAGAAUUAAAUCAAGAUGAACUACAAUUUCUUGAUAUAGGAAGAGCGGGUGCUAAGGCAUUAUGGUCUAUGUCAUCUUCGCAAAGAAACAGAGAAGCAAUGAGGAAAUAUGGAAUGAUUCCUUUAAUAGCUCGCAUGUUGAAGACUAUACAUUUAGACGUUGCAAUACCAGCCGUCGGUUUAUUACAAAUGUGUGCAAACGAAACCUCUUUUCAGCUUGCUAUCCAAACUGAAAAAAUGGUCGACGAUCUAAUAAAACAUUUGGGAAAUGAUGAUAAAGAUUUGAAGACUUACUGCAGCUUAGCCAUAUACAAAUGUGCAAGUGAUUCUAUAACAAGAGACAUGAUACGUAUAGCUGGUGGUUUGGAGCUCUUAGUGGAAGCAGCUCAAGACAGUACCAAUAGAGCAAACAAGCCACUACUAGCUGCUGUGACAGGCGCUCUUUGGAAAUGUGCUAACAGUGAAGAAAGCGUGAAGAGAUUAGACUCGCUCGGUGCAGUUCCAAUUCUAGUAAGAUUGUUGGACGAUGAAAACGAAGGUGUCCUCACUAAUGUGGCUGGUGCACUUGCUGAAUGCGCUAAAUGUCCGAGCAAUCGUGAAAAAAUUAGAGCUGCAGGCGGUAUACCUAUGCUUAUUCAUCAUCUGAAUAAUACACAUAAACCUCUACUUGAGAAUGUACCAUUAGUUUUGAUGGAAUGCGCGAAAGAUGCAAACUGCAUGAGUGAAAUAGAUGAACUCGAUGGUGUCAGAUUGGUGUGGUCUUUGCUGAAGAAUGAUUCUACAAAAGUGCAGACAAACGCCGCCUUAGCAUUGAGUCCCUGCGUCCAAAAUGCGGCUGAUUCAGGCGAGAUGGUGCGCUCAUUUGUCGGAGCCCUAGAAUUAACAGUGGAUCUUCUGGAUUCUGACGAUCACGACGUCCUCUCAGCCGUUUGCGCUGCAAUCGCGACUAUAGCAAAGGAUCACGAGAAUCUGGCGGUUAUAUCUGAUCACGGAGUCGUUGGGAAACUUUCCAAAUUGGUGAGCACGACAGAUGAUCAUCUCCGCGCGAAUUUGGGCGUCGCAAUCGCGUACUGCUGCGACUGGGCGCAAAACCGGCAGGAGUUUGGAAAGCGGGGAGCGAUCACGCCGUUGGUCAACUACAUGACGUCACGGGACCCCAAUGUGCACCGGGCCACCGCUCUGGCGCUUUACCACCUGUCUUUCUAUUCUAUCAACUGUGUCACAAUGCAUGCGGCGGGAGUUGUGCAAUUCCUGCUAGAGACGAUCGGUUCCAAGGAUCACAUAUUACAAGAAGCGUCGGCCGGCUGUUUGGGCAACAUUCGUAGAUUAGCGCUCGCCACAGAGAAGAUAAAGCUGAAGCAAUGAUUUCGUUAUGUGUAUGACCAAAGAGUAUUGCUACGCUAACUAGACAUAAUCAUUAGAUAGAGACAAUCAUUUUCAUAACAUGAAAAUAAUGACUGUGUUUAAUAGUGAACGGAAAAUGACAUUGGAUAUUAUGGGUGGAUUACAUUAUUGCUCGAU